AUGCCUGCUCCGACGGCGCUUCAGCGCGUGCCUCCAGAGACCAUGGCAGAAUCCGCAUCCCAAGAACCCCACGACAUACAUCCUCCCGCCGAAGAAAAUAUCGAUGUGGACAUAAUAACAGCACCGCAACCGGAGAGCAUUGUACCGCAGACACAAGAAGAAGAAGAAGAAACAGACACGGCGAUGGAGAUGGACGAAGAAGGCCGGCCUCGCUUCGCACCCGCCUCGACAUCACAAGUGGGAUUUGAGACCGCAACGACAACGACGACGCCGGUCCUAAGAAUACAAUCUCGCAAGGUGCCAGUGCCGCCGCACCGCAUGUCGCCGCUGAAGCAGAGCUGGGGAAAGAUCUACCCGCCGCUGGUAGAGCACCUGAAGCUGCAGGUGCGGAUGAACGUCAAGUCAAAGGCGGUGGAGCUGCGGACGUCGCGGUUCACGACGGACACGGGGGCGCUGCAGAAGGGCGAGGACUUUGUGCGGGCCUUCACGCUGGGGUUCGACGUCGACGACGCCAUCGCCCUGCUGCGCCUCGACGACCUGUACAUCGAGACCUUUGAGAUCAAGGACGUCAAAACCCUGCAUGGCGAGCACCUCGGCCGCGCCAUUGGCCGCAUCGCAGGCAAGGAUGGCAAGACCAAGUUCGCCAUCGAAAACACCUCAAAGACCCGCGUCGUCCUCGCCGACACAAAGAUCCACAUCCUCGGCGGCUUCCAAAACAUCCGCAUCGCCCGCGAGGCCGUCGUCAGCCUGAUCCUGGGCGCCCCGCCCGGCAAGGUUUAUGGGAAUCUGCGGACCGUGGCGUCGAGGAUGAAAGAGAGGUUUUGA